AUGGACCCUGCGAGAUCCCCUCACCCUCCCUCCGACCGCCCCAGAGCACAUCGCGCCCCCGUGUCCUACACCGGCGAGCAUGACCCCUCGCGUCCGUCCACCCCGGGCUAUCCCCACUCCCACACCGCGCUGCCCCCCAUACGACACCUCCAUCCCGAUCUGCCGCCCGCCGCCAUGCAGGGCGCCGCGCCCACAGCGGGCCCGGUAUACAGCCACCCACAAAGUGCAGAUUAUCCCGUGGCUUCUGGAAGCACCCUCGGCUCGCGGCCCAUGCCCGACGACUCCGACGGCGACGGCGAGCAGCAGGAGCCCCCCAAGAAGAAGCGGCGUCGCCAGGCACUCAGCUGCACCGAAUGCAAGAGGCGCAAGAUCAAGUGUGAUAGAGCCCAGCCAUGCGGCCCCUGCGUCCGCCGCGGCGAGCAUCACAAGUGCCAAUGGCACAUCAUCGAGCCGAUGGAGAAAUAUGUCACUCGUACCGAGUAUGACGAGCUCAAGGCCAAGGUGGCCGAACUUGAAACCCUCGUGCAUCGCCUCAUCCCCGCCCGACCCGCACACACCCCGUCCGCCCCGUCGCUCGCACCUGCUCCGUAUCCCGACCCCCUCCACGCCGCCCCCAUCAGGCCGUAUCACCCAGGCCUCUCCGCCUCCGGGCCCUCUUCAUACUACGGCGUCACGCCGCCCCCGCCCCCGCCGCCCAACCGUGGCGAGCCGCCCGGCUCGUACAACCACAUCCCCAAACUAGUCGCGCCCAACAGCCCCUCCCUCUCCCGCCCGUCCACCGCGCACGGCGCCAGCAGCCGCCCCGCACACAUGCCGCCCUCGCCCUCGCCCUACCGCGCCGCACCCUCGCCACCCCCCGCCGCCCCCGCCCCGCCGCCCGCGGAGCCCGGCCCGCCCUCGCGCCGCGCCUCGCUCUCGCUCGCGCACAUCACCGCGCCGUACCACCC